CUUCCGCGCGGUCACUGUCUCCCGAUAAACAGGAAGUACAAAAUGCUCCUCGCGUCCGCCGCCCUCUCGUUGCCUGUUGGAGGCUCUCGCGGGGUGUGCAGCCACCGACACGGACCAACGGUGGCCGACAAGCUCAACCAGCUCAACGAGGCGACCGGCAAGGAGUGCCGCGACAAGGGCCUGCCCGCCUACGCCUGCUCCGGCUUCUUCAUCCACGCCAUCGAAGGUGGCCUCGGAAACAGCCAGCUCGGCCUCGCGGACAAGGGUGUCACGAUUAAGGAGGUGAUCAGCCCGCUGUCCUCCCCAUUCGAUGUGGUAAAGCCGCUCAAGCUGCGCCUCGACUGCUCCGGCUACAUCGGCGCUGGUGAGGACCUGGGCUGCUUCAACCACACGGACAGACUUGCCAGUGAGACAGAGUUCACCGCGCUCGGCGGCAACGACAACACUUUCCAGACGGGGUGGAACGGUGUCGAAGGCCGCGGCGAUGCGUGGCGUUGCCCGAAGGAGCUGGACGCCAACUUCUACCCGGCCUGGUGCCAGACUCCGAAAGCGCUGAAGGUUGGUGGAACCAGCUUCACCUUCAAUCGCCGGGACCUCACCCCGACUAAAGAGGAGGGAAAGACGAUGCCCUUCCCCAAUUGCAGCUCAGCGACACCAAAUGCACCGAACGACGCACCAGACGGACCCUACGGGUGUGGCAAUGUCGACGGCGGCGCCUUUGUCUUCCCCUUCAACGCAAACCCGCUGCCGUUCGGCGGCCUCGUUCUCUCUCCGGGGCUGAAUAAGAACCCCAAAAGCGUCGAGGAGCAGCUUCCCUUCUUCGCCGAGACAAUUAAGCUCCUCUCACCGCAGGACGCCAACACCUUCAAUCGCGCGGCGUGCGCAGCUGGGCCGGGCGUGGGGGAGAUGCUCCUCGCGAAUGCCACGCUCGACGCCUUUGGCGGCGCGCCGGGCACCAUCACAGUGGAGGACAUCCAUGCGACUGACAACUGCAACCCUACGAUGGGGACGAACACCUGGCUGCCCGGGGACCUUACGGCCUUCUGCCCCGACACAACUAACGCUGAGAACUACUGGGAGCACUGGGAAUCCAAUGUCAUGGCCGCCCUUGAGUCGCUCUACCGCAUCGGCGAGGCGGGCGGGCAUGGUCUAGCGACCAACGCCGCGGGACAACCCACCCGUUUUGGGGAUGCAAAAGAGCAGGCCGUCUCGCUCUUCUGCGACCUCUUCGGAACGGUCUCUCUCCCCCCUGAUCUUGUGCCGGAAUGCUUCCAGAACAAGUGCGUCAGAUCCGAACAAGUACUGCUUGAUCGUGCAGCAUGGACUGGAAUUCCCAGCGACAUGCAGCCUGCUGCCGGGAGCGUCUUCCGCGCCAAUGGUGCGUCUACAACCAAUUUCGACAGCCUCGCCCUCUGCAUGCUUCGGCCGACGCAGUUUAGCAUCUUUGAGAAGGUGACGAACUUUAACGAGAUCAGCAAGCUUUGGAAGAGCAUCCCCAAGCAAGGCUUGAACAACGAGGUCAUCAUGAACUGGGCGGGCCGCGAAUUCACGGACCUUGCGCCGCACACAGCCAUCUGGGCGCCGGCGGCCAUCAAUUACAUCAACGCAGGAAAGACGCCGGCGCAGGCUGCGAUCAUGUUCGACGACGGCGUGCGCGGCGCCUACCAGGUCGCCGAGAGCUACCGCAACGCGACUGGCAUCUCGCUGCCCGUCGUGGUCGUGAACCAGGAGGGACAGCUGCGGGACUCCAAGACGCCGAUGUUCAGCUGCGCUGAAGACUACUUUCAGCCAGAGGGCUUUGAGGUGGGCACCCCUGAGCGCGGAGCAUGUUCAAGCAACCCUUCGCGCCGAUUCUGGCGACUCGGAGUCAACUCAACCCAGAUCGACACCAAAAUGUGUUCAAUACGAGGGAGGUGUGCACCUGCGCCAAUGAUCUUCUUGUCUGAGUGUUUCCAUUCUCGCUCUAGUUCUCGCUGUGUUCCAGAGAGUGCGCCCUGUAUGAGUAUACCUGUCUACUGCUGAGAGAGAAUGAGUCAUGCACAUAUGGCUCGAUCCAA